AAAAAAUUUAAAAAAUUUUAAAGUGACAGUGUUGACAACAUAAACAAUUACAAUACGAGUACAAGUUGAUUUGGUGAAAAUGGCAAAACGUUUUAAACUAGAUCUCGAGGGAUACGAGGUUGAUGACAUUGUCAGGUUGUUUUCAAACGGCCGCUUGCCGACCCAGGGUGUGUUUGUGUCAUCGUCGUCCCAAAACCAGAAUGCAUCUAAUCAAGGUGAUCCAGAUAAAAAUCCAAUAUUUUAUCCAGCAUACGACGACGACCCCGAAGCAAUUCCAACCCCAACAGCCGCCGCAGUCACUUUUAAUAAUGAACACCAACUAACAAGACCAAUGCCCCCACAAACACCAUUUUCCAUCGAUUUUGUCCAAGAAAACCAAUCGUUCCCACCGAAUACUAUCAGAUGCCGCUCCUUACACCUCCGGUUGAGAAGUUUCAGGAAAUUCAAUCAACGACGACGACAACGAUCCCAAUCCCAAUAGCAUCAACGUCUUUCCCCCUCAAUACAAGGGAAGAGCGGGCUCAAUUUCUUCUCCAAUUGCAUGAUGAUCCUAGACAGACGUAUGAUGCUGUACCGAAGCUUGUAGGGAUGCGUUUUCGGAAAAUUCUUCCCAAGCCCAACCUUACAUCCGGCGAUGGCGGCGGCUGCUCCUCCACAGCAUUAUCAAACAACUGCGAAAUCUCUAGAGCCACCACCACCAACUUAUCAGAGUCACUGACUCCCUUUCAUACACACGCAAUUUUGAUGGCCACCGUCAGGAGAAGGUCAGAGAGGGGAAAAAUAUGAAGAGACAUUUUCAAAUCCCGUCUGGAUUUGAAGAGCCAGAGCCAGGGUUUCGCCAUGUGCAACAGGGCUCCAAUCAGUGCCAGUACUGUGGAAAAUGUGAAACAAUCAAACAAAAACAAGACCUUCACGAGACAACUUGCAAACAUCUCCACAAGCCGUUCGUGUGCCUAAAGUGUGGCUUUUGCACCCCCAAAGAGUAAGCUACGUUCGUCUGGUGCCCAUAAACAAGGAUGAAGCGUAUGGUUUGGUGUACUUUUUCAAUUAAUUGGCUUGGUAUGAACUGAAAAUAACGUGAAAAAUACGGCGAGUCUGAUACAAAUUAUUAUCGUCGAAAUUUAAAAAUGAUUAUUAUUUAAAAUUACGGGUUUUAUUUGGAAUAAAGAUUUAUUGUUGCG